UUCAUAACUACCUUGUGUUCAACUUUAACCCCAACUUCCUGCACGCUGGACCAGGGCUGGCACAGAAAAAACGUGGAAACACCAGAAUAAUAACACUAGAAUAAUAAUCAUUCGUUUCACAUUUAUAUUCCCACGGUGCUGGGAUCUGACCGCUUCUUGAUGUUAUUUUAAAAACCAGUGAUCUACGUGUCUGAAAGAUGGUGAAGCCACAGAAAAAGAGGAGCCUUGUGGAUAAGGUUCGCAAAUCCAAGACCUCUGCUGAAAUCAAAAAUAACCCUUUCGAGGUGAAAAUUAACAGGAAGAAAUUUGAGGUUUUGGGAAGAAAAUCCAAACAUGAUGUGGGCCUACCCGGUGUGUCUCGGUCCAAAGCAAUCAACAAGAGAAAAGAUACACUUCUCAAGGAACAUCAAAACAAGCACAAGUCCAAUAAAUUUAUUGACCGGCGGUUUGGAGAAUAUGACACGAAUAUGGACCCCGAGGACAAGAUCCUCGAGAGGUUCUCCAUGGAGAGACAGAAACAACACGACAAGAAAGACAUGUUUAAUCUGAACGAGGAAGAGGAGCUCACUCACUACGGCCAGUCGUUGGCCGAGAUGGAGAAAUUCAAUGACCUGAUGGACAGUGACAGCGAACCAGACGAGAAAGGACUUCUGUCGGCGGAGCUCACCCGGUCCCACUUCGGCGGCGGCGGGGGUCUCCUGAGGAAGAAGGCAGGGGACGAUAAGGGGGGGGCACCGAGGGCCAAGAGCCGGCAGGAGCUGAUCGAGGAGCUCAUCCAGAAGUCCAAGCUGCAGAAGCGCGAGCGGCAGGUGCAGAAGGAAGAGACCUUUGAGCUGACUGAGAAGCUGGACAAGGACUGGAAGAGCAUCCAGACCCUCCUGGCCAACAAGCCCUCCAAAGCCGAGCGGGAUGAACUCCAGCCGGAGAAACCCAAGGUGCAGCUGGACGAGUACGACAUGAUGGUGAGGGAGCUGGGCUUCGAGAUGAAGGCCGCGCCCUCGGAGAAGCUGAAGACCCCCGAGGAGCUGGCCCGAGAGGAGCGGGAGCGCCUGCAGAGGCUGGAGGCGGACCGCCUGCGCAGGAUGCUGGGGGACGCGGUGGAGAGCGCUCCCAAGGCCCCGGCCCACCUGUCGGCCGACGACCUCAACGACGGCUUCAUCCUCGACAAGGACGACAAGAAGCCCCUGAGCUACAAGGACGGGAAAUGGCUGAGUGGGGAAGGGGAGGACAAGGGUGACGAAGGUGAUGACGAAGGGGAGGAUGAAGAGGGUGAGGGUGGAGAGGAGGAGGAGGAGGAGGAUGAGGAAGAAGACGAUGGAGAAGGGGUUGCCGUGGGUGAUGACGAUGAGGAUGGUGAUGAAGAAGAGGAUGAGGAGGCGGACAGCCACUCUGACCUGGACUCUGAAAAAGAGAGCGGGGAAGAGGCGGAGAUAAUGGAGGAAGAGGAGGAGGAGGAAGAGGCUGCACCCGGCGUCAUCCUGACCGAGGAGGAAUUAAAGGCACAGCAGGAAGCGGCCAAAUCAGAGCUGCCCUACACCUUCACUGCUCCAGAGAACCAAGGCGAGUUUGUGGCCUUGCUCAAGGGCCACUCCCCAGAUCACCAGUGUGUGAUCCUGGCUCGCACCCAGAAAUGCAACCACCCGAGUCUGGCUGUGGGCAACAAGCUCAAGCUGCAGAAACUCUUUGGCUUCCUGUUGGAGUACAUGGGAGACUUGGCCUGCAGCAGUCCACCUGACCUCGGCACCAUCGAUAAGCUCAUACCACAGCUGUACGACAUGGGCCAGAUGUUCCCCGACGCCGCCUCCAAGGCCCUGCGCAGCGUGCUGGCCGACGCCAGCCACGGCAUGGAGGAGGACCUGGAGGGCAGCGGGCGUUCCCCCUUCCCCAGCCUCGACAUGCUGGUGUACCUGAAGGUGGUGGCGCUGCUGUUCCCCACGUCUGACUACAGACACCCGGUCACCACGCCCGCCCUACUAUUCAUCUGCCAGAGUCUCUCCAAGUGUCCGGUGACAUCACUGCAGGAUGUGACAUCAGGCUUGGUGUUGUGUUGCCUGGCAUUGGAGUACGUCUCGCUCUCUAAGCGCCUCCUGCCCGAGCUCCUCAACUUCCUGUGUGGGAUAUUACACCUGGCAGUGCCGGACAAGACCUCUACAGGCUACUCGGUGGUGCCGCCGUUCAAGCACGCGGGGAAACACAGCGACCUGCUCCUGCUGUCCGAGCCACAGUCCAGCGCCACCUGGACCAAUCACACGCUGCCCCUGGCUCUGACUCAACACCUGGAGCUCACAGACAACCUGCACAGGGACCACCAUAGGAUGACCUGUCUCUCCACCUGCCUGGACCUGGUGAAGCACUGCUGUGUGCUCUACAAGGACUCAGCUUCGUUCACCGCCCUCUUCCAGCCCAUCCACACACUGCUCUCUAGGCAUCUUCCCCUCCAGACCCACCCGGAGGUCCUCCAGGAGCUGAAAACGGAGAUCCUGGCAGCCGUCGACGGCGAACCGCGCUCCCAUAAUCCUCUGUUGUUUGAGAAGCAGAAGCCCAUUCCUCUCCGGAUGUUCACUCCCAAGAUCGUGGAAGUGCUGGACUACGGGAAGAGACGAGGGAACACGAAGGAGCAGAAGGAGUCUGAGCGCACCAAGCACAAGUACAAGAAGGAGUUCAAGGGCGCGCUGCGGGAGAUCAGGAAGGACAACCGCUUCAUGGCCCGGGAGAAGCUGCAAGAGACCAUGAGCAGAGACUCAGAGAGGAAGAGGAAGGUGAAGGAGCUGUAUGGGAGCUUGGGCACCCAGGAGGGAGAGUGGAAGGCACUCAGAAGGAGGAAGAAGUGAGACGGUGUUCAUCAGCGAGAAGAUAUUUCAAAGAUAUAAGAAGGACAUCUCACCCAGAUGUUACAGAAAUCACCGGGAACUGUGAUUUCUGUGUCCAAAUGUUUGGACAACGUUUGGACACAUGUAACAAUGUGUAUAUGCUUGUGUAUUUGUGAAUAUAAAGCAUACAUUUCAUGUCCCAAGUUUAAAAUAAACUUGAUUUUCAUUUCCAAUGUAUUGGAAAGAAAAUUAUUUGUUUUGAUGCCAUGAUUGCAAAGAAUGCAACAUCGUGCUGGAUAUUAGAUGAGUCUUUGGGAGAGAAUGUGUUUUUCUCAGUUUCUAGCUUUUUUAAAUAAAUUGGUAUCUAACUUAGAUCAGAUGUUGGUGCUUUUUAUUUGCAACGGUUGCUUGGUUUAUUGACUCAAAUCCUCCAGGGUUUGGGGUCUCCAGGCUGAGGUUCAUCAUGGUCUUAAGUUGUCUUUUGCUUCGUGGAUCAAUGAGAAGCCGGGACCUAUUGGGCCUUAUUCAGCUAAUAAUAUUUACUUACCCGCCCCUCUUACCCUAACAUUGGACUGUUGCAGAACACAUUGUCGUGCACAACCCACCUGUUAAGCCAAUUCGUCUGUAUGACAAGCAGCCAUUUGUAACAUGGUUGCUAUGCAUCCCCUACAUGGGCAGAGCUUCAGAAUAUUUGUUGUAUAUAUUAUUAUAUUGCAAUUUAUUUCAAGUCACAUAUUGGAUGCACAUUGGUAACGCAACACUUACAUCCACAACUCGGUUUUAAAUUAUUACGUGUCAACUAGGAAAUGUAAAUUACUGUUUAUUGCCUGCAAAAAGCCAGCAACUGAAGGUGUAAGUAAUGGUGUGAUCUGACUCAUCACUUAUGUGGUGAACACCGUUAUUAAAUGGGAGCAAACUAGAUGCGGAUAUCUGCAUGAGUCAUGGAGCUCAGCGAUUAUCCCAAAUGAUUGAUGGCUUCUGUUUGUGUGACAUACUUUUCAUCAG